CUGCGUACGACUUCUCAGUUCUCACUAGGUCUGCAGACUCCACGAGGCAGGCGGGAUGGCCGGACGGAGCCGUGUAUUUUAGGGAGCCAGACCACAUCGAUCGGCACGUCUCUACACGGCUAGAAAGUGCUACUCCACUAGCUAGCAGCGGCUGCCGUCGACAUGGCCAAGGUCGCGGAGGCCACGGGGCGGCAGGCGGCGUCGUUCGUGUUCGGCUGCGUCGCCGCGCUCACCGUCGUGCUGCUCCUGCAGCACCGCCCGGACGAGCUCAGCCGCCCCACCCCGGUGCAGUUCUUGGGAUGGGGAGGCCGGAACAGGAACGGAACGUCGUCACCAGCGGCAGGUCAGGUGAUCAUGGCAGCCGGUGAAGAAGCUGAUCGGGCUAACGUCACGAAGCAGCCUGACACUACUACUACUACUACUACCGCCAACGAUCUAAGCCUGCGGGCCAGCGGCGAUCGCGAUGAAGAGGCCGCGGAGAAGGAAUUCCCGGGCUUGGCCGCCGUGGUGGAGCGCGUGGCGUCACCGGACGACCGGACGGUGAUCAUCACUUGCGUGAACCACGCGUGGGCGGCGCCCGGGUCCCUGCUGGACCUCUUCCUCGAGAGCUUCCGCAUCGGCGACGGCAUCGCGCACCUGCUGGAUCACGUCCUCAUCGUGGCCAUGGACCCGUCGGCCAUGGCGCGGUGCCGCGCCGUGCACCGGCACUGCUACCUCUACACCAUGCCCGGCAUCGACUUCACCUCCACCAGGUUCUUCCUCUCCAAAGAGUACCUCGAACUUGUCUGGAGCAAGCUCAGGCUCCAACGCCGCGUUCUCCAGCUCGGAUACAACUUCCUCUUCACCGACGUAGACAUCAUGUGGUUCCGGAACCCGUUCAAGCAUGUGACGGUGUACGCCGACAUGACCAUCUCGAGCGACGUCUUCUUCGGCGACCCCGACAACAUCAACAACUUCCCCAACACGGGCUUCUUCCACGUUAGGCCGAACAACCGGACGAUCGCCAUGACCAGGAUCUGGCACGAGGCCAGGAGCAGGUUCCCAGGCAUGAACGAGCAGCCGGUGUUCAACGCGAUCAAGAAGGGCUUCGUGAAGGACCUCGCGCUUCGGGUGCAGUACCUCGACCCGGCCUACAUGGGUGGCUUCUGCAGCCAUGGCAAGGACCUGGACAAGGUCUGCACCAUGCACGCAAACUGCUGCAUCGGCUUGGGAAAUAAGCUCAAGGACCUCAGGAGCGUGCUCGACGACUGGAAGAAGUACACGAGGAUGCCGCACUGGGCCAAGCACGCCGCCAAGUGGACGGUCCCGGGUGCAUGCAUCCAUUGAUCGAUGAUUAACGAAACGUACGGAUCGAGUUUUUGUUGCUGCAAAUAUAUACACACAGGCUUUGUCGCUGCAAAUCGAUUAGUAUUUUCUGAAUUAAUUUGUUGGAUACCGAAAGAGCACUACACUAGCUAGUACUAUAUAUGCUGUUUAAUUAUUGUAUACCGGGCAAAUUAUACAUA